AAAGGACUGGGUGCAGUUGUCAGUCAGCUUGAAACUGGAGCUCAGACUGUGCUAGGAUUUACUGUGAAGCAGUUCAAGCUUUAGAUCCACCAAACAACAAAGCAGAUAACACCAUGGGAGGCAAGCAGAGCAGGAAGGAGGAUGAGUAUAACUUCAGCGACCCAAACAACAGAGAGGAAAGCCAAGAAGAGAAGCAACAUGAGUCCCAGAAUGAAGACAAAGCUAGUGAGUCAGGUCUUGCUUCUGCAGGGGCUGCAAUGGAGCAGAUUGUACAAGUUGAUGGCACUCCGCCUUCUAAGGACACUUUAAAAGAAAAAGUGGAGGAGAAGUCUGACAAACCUGUAAGUCAAGAAGCUAAAGGAACUCCAGAACAAAAAGCAGUCAAAGAAAGCAAGCCAUCUACCAGUGACACAAAACCCAGUGAACCUAGAGCAGAAAAAGAGCGAAAUGUAAACAAGGAAAAUACUUCAGGGGAAAAGCCAAAUAAAUCAUCCAGUCAAGAAGCAGAAACAGCUGCCCCAAUCACAGAAAAGCCUGUGGUUGAACACACUGAGGUAAAAGAAAUAAACCCCAUUUCCCGGACUACAGCUAAAGUGAAGCCUCAAAGCAACUCCACCAACAGCACCAAAGAGAAAACAACUACAAUUUUCAGCUCAAAGGUUGAAUGCUCUGUUACUGAGCAUGCUGAUAAGACCUCAACAGACUGCAGCCCAGCACUGAAAAUGGGGCAGGUGCCUGUCCCAGUCAAAGAAGUGGAACCAAAGCCUGCUCCAGAGAAAGCAGUGGAGCCAGAGCAUGCCCCAGUGAAAGUUCAGGUGCCGACACCUACCAGAGUGAAAGCUGAGGUUACUGAACCUAACUCAAUGAAAGCUGAGGGACCUGCUCCUACCACAGUGAAUGCUGAAGUGCCUGCUCCUACACCAGUGAAAGCUGAAGUGCCUGCACCUACCCAAGUGAAAGCUGAGGUUCCUGCACCCAUACCAGUGCAAGCUGAGGUUCCUGCACCUACCCCAGUGAAAUUUGAAGUCCCUGCUCCUACCCCAGGCAAGGCUGAGAUUCCUGCACACAAACCAGUGAAAUUUGAGGUUCCUGCACCCAAACCAGCGCAAGCUGAGGUUCCUGCGCCCAAACCAGUGCAAGCUGAGGAUCCUGCACCCAAACCAAUGACAGCUGAGAAGCCUGCACCUACCGCAGUAAAAGAUGAGAUGCCUGCACUCAAACCAGUGCAAACUGAGGUUCCUGCACCCAAACCAGUGAAAGUUGAGGUUCCUGCUCCCAAACCAGUGAAAGUUGAGGGUUCUCCACCCAAACCAGUGACAGCUGAAAAGCCUGACCCUACUGCAGUGAAGGAUAAUGUUCCUGCUCCCAAAACAGUGAAAGCUGAGUUGCCUGCACCUACCCCAGUGAAAGCUGAGGAUCCUGCACCCAAAUUAGUGAAAGCUGAGGACCCUGCACCCAAAUCAGUGAUAGCUGAGGUGCCUGCACCUACCCCAGUGAAAGCUGAGGUGGCAGCACCUACCCCAGUGAAAGCUGAGGUGCCUGCUCAUACCCAAGUCAAGGCUCAGAUUCCUGCACUCAAACCAGUGAAAUCUGAGGUUCCUGCACCAAAACCAGUGCAAGCUGAGGUUCCUGCGCCCAAACCAGUGCAAGCUGAGGUGCCUGCUCCUACCCCAGUGAAAGAUGAGAUACCUGUGCUCAAACCAAUGAAAUCUGAGGUUCCUGCACCCAAACCAAUGCAAACUGAGAUGUCUGCUCCUACCCCAGGGAAAGCUAAGGUGACUGCUCCUACCCCAGUGAAAGCUGAGGAUCCUGCUCCCAAACCAGUGAAACCUGAGGAUCCCGUACCCAAACCAAAGAAAGCUGAGGUGCCUGCACCUACCCCAGUGAAAGCUGAGGUGCCUGCACCUACCCCAGUGAAAGCUGAGGUUCCUGCGCCCAAACCAGUAAAAGCUGAGGAUCCUGCACCCAAACCAGUGAUAGCUGAGAAGCCUGCACCUACCACAGUGAAAGAUGAGAUUCCUGCACUCAAACCAGUGCAAGCGGAGGUUCCUGCGCCUACCCUAGUGAAAUUUGAGGUGUCUGCUCCUACCCCAGUGAAAGCUCAUGUGCCUGCUCCCAAACCAGUGAAAGUUGAGGAUCCUGCACCCAAACCAGUGACAGCUGAGAAGCCUGCACCUACUGCAGUGAAAGAUGAGAUUCCUGCUCCCAAAUCAGUGAAAACUGAGGAUCCUGCACCCAAACCAGUGACAGCUGAGAAGCCUGCACAUACCACAGUGAAAGAUGAGAUGCCUGUGCUCAAACCAGUGAAAUCUGAGGUUCCUGCGCCCAAAGCAGUGCAAGCUGAGGUUCCAGUGCCCAAAGCAGUGCAAGCUGAGGUUUCUGCUCCUACCCCAGUGAAAGCACAUGUGCCUGCACCUAAACCAGUGCAAGCUGAGGUUCCUGCACUCAAACCAGUGCAAACUGAGAUGUCUACUCCUAACCCAGUGAAAGCUGAGAUUCCUGCUCCCAAAUCAGUGAAAGCUGAGGAUCCUGCACCCAAAGCAGUGAAAACUGAGGUGCCUGCACCUACCCCAGUGAAAGCUGAGGUUUCUGCUCCCAAACCAUUGAAAGUUGAGGAUUCUGCACCCAAACCAGUGACAGCUGAGAAGCCUGCACCUACCAUAGUGAAAGAUGAGAUUCCUGUGCUCAAAUCAGUGCAAGCUGAGGUUCCUGCACCCAAAACAGAGAAAGCUGAGGUGCCUGAACCUACCCCAGUGAAAGCUGAGGUGCCUGCACCUACCCCAGUGAAAGCAGAGGUUCCUGCUCCCAAAGCACUGAACGUUGAGGAUCCUGCACCAAAACCAGUGACAGCUGAGAAGCCUGCACCUAAAGCAGUGAAAGAUGAGAUGCCUGCUCUCAAACCAGUGCUAGCUGAGGUUCCUGCACCCAAAUCAAUGCAAGCUGAGGUGUCUGCUCCUACCCCAGUGAAAGCUAAUGUGCCUGCUCCCAAACCAGUGAAAGUUGAGGAUCCUGCACCCAAACCAGUGACAGCUGAGAAGCCUGUACCUACCGCAAUGAAAGAUGAGAUUCCUCCUCCCAAAUCAGUGAAAGCUGAGGAUCCUGCACCCAAACCAGUGACAGCUGAGAAGACUGCACCUACCACAGUGAAAGAUGAGAUGCCUGUGCUCAAACCAGUGAAAUCUGAGGUUCCUGCACCUAAACCAGUGCAAGCUGAGGUUCCUGCACCCAAACCAGUGCAAACUGAGAUGUCUACUCCUACCCCAGUGAAAGCUGAGAUUCCUGCUCCCAAAUCAGUGAAAGCUGAGGAUCCUGCACCCAAACCAGAGAAAGCUGAGGUGCCUGCACCAACCCCAGUGAAAGCUGAGGUUUCUGCUCCCAAACCCUUGAAAGUUGAGGAUUCUGCACCCAAACCAGUGAAAGCUGAGAAGCCUGCACCUAAAGCAGUGAAAGAUGAGAUGCCUGCGCUCAAACCAGUGCAAGCUGAGGUUCCUGCACCCAAAUCAAUGCAAGCUGAGGUGUCUGCUCCUACCCCAGUGAAAGCUAAGGUGCCUGCUCCAAAACCAGUGAAAGUUGAGGAUUCUGCACCCAAACCAGUGACAGCUGAGAAGCCUGCACAUACCACAGUGAAAUAUGAGAUUCCUGCGCUCAAACCAGUGGAACCUGAGAUUCCUGAGCUCAAACCAGUGCAAGCUGAGGUUCUUCAACCUACCCCAGUGAAAGCUGAGGUGCCUGCUCCUACCCCACUCAAGGCUGAGAAUUCUGCACGCAUACCAGUUAAAUCUGAGGUUCCUGCACCCAAACCAGUGCAAGCUGAGGUUCCUGCACCCAAACCAGUGCAAGCUGAGGUGCCUGCACCUACCCCACUGAAAGCUGAGGUGCCUGCUCCCAAAUCAGUGAAAGUUGAGGAUCCUGCACCCAAACCAAUGACAGCUGAGAAGCCUGCACCUACCGCAGUGAAAGAUGAGAUACUUUUGCUCAAACCAGUAAAAGCUGAGGUUCCUGCACCCAAACCAGUGCAAGCUGAGGUUCCUGCACCCAAAACAAUGCAAGCUGAGGUGUCUGCUCCUACCCCAGUGAAACCUAAGGUGUCUGCUCCUAUCCAAGUGAAAGCUGAAGUUCCUGCUCCUAAACCAGUGAAGGAUGAGGUUCCUGCUCCCAAACAAGUAACAGCUGAGAAGCCUGACCCUACUGCAGUGAAAGAUGAUGUUCCUGCUCCCAAACCAGAGAAAGCUGAGGUACCUGCACCUACCCCACUGAAAGCUGAGAAUCCUGCACCCAAACCAGUGAAAACUGAGGUGCCUGCACCUACCCCAAUGAAAGCUGAGGUGCCUGCACCUACCCCAGUGAAAGCUGAGGUUCCUGCUCCCAAACUAGUGAAAGUUGAGGAUCCUGCAUCCAAACCAGUGACAGCUGAGAAGCCUACACCUACCCCAGUGAAAGAUGAAAUGCCUGUGCUCAAACCAGUGAAAUCUGAGGUUCCUGCACCCAAACCCAUGCAAGCUGAGGUUCCUGCAUCCAAACCAGUGACAGCUGAGAAGCCUGCACCUACCCCAGUGAAAGCUGAGGUGCCUGCUCCUACCCCAGUGAAAGAUGAGGUUCCUGCUCCCAAAUCAAUGCAAGCUGAGGUUUCUGCACCCAAACCAGUGCAAGCUGAGGUGAGGGCUCCUACCCCAGUGAAAGAUGAGGUUCCUGCUCCCAAACCAGUGACAGCUGAGGUGCCUACACCUACCCCAGUGAAGGUUGAGGCUCCUGCUCCCAAAUCAGAGAAAGCUGAAGUGCCUGCACCUACCCCAGUGAAAGCUGAGGUUCCUACAUCCAAACCAGUAAAAUCUGAGGUUCCUUCUCCCAAACCAGUGAAAUCUGAGGUUCCUGCUCCCAAACCAGUGACAGCUGAGAAGCCUGCACCUACUGCAGUGAAAGAUGAAAUGCCUGCGCUGAAACCAGUGAAAGAUGAGGUUCCUGCUCCCAACCCAGUGACAGCUGAGGUGCCUGCUCCUACCCCAGUGAAAGCUGAGGUUCCGGCUCCCAGACCAGUGAAAGCUGUCAUUCCUGCACCCAAACCAUUGACAGUUGAGAAGUGUGCACCUACCACAGUGAAAGAUGAGAUUCCUGUGCUCAAACCAGUGAAACCUGAGAUUCCUGCACUCAAACCAGUGAAAUCUGAGGUUCCUGCACCCAAGCCAGUGCAAUCUGAGGUUCCGGCACCCAAACCAGUGCAAGCUGAGGUAACUCCACCUACUCCAGUGCAAUCUGAGGUUCCGGAACCCAAACCAGUGCAAGCUGAGGUAACUGCACCUACUCCAGUGCAAUCUGAGGUUCCUGCUCCCAAACCAGUGACAGCUGAGAAGCCUACACCUAACACAGUGAAAGAUGAAAUGCCUGUGCUCAAACCAGUGAAAUCUGAGGUUCCUGCACCCAAUCCCAUGCAAGCUGAGGUUCCUGCAUCCAAACCAGUGACAGCUGAGAAGCCUGCACCUACCCCAGUGAAAGCUGAGGUGCCUGCUCCUACCCCAGUGAAAGAUGAGGUUCCUGCUCCCAAACCAGUGACAGCUGAGGUGCAUGCACCCAAAACAAUGCAAGCUGAGGUGUCUGCUCCUACCCCAGUGAAACCUAAGGUGUCUGCUCCUAUCCAAGUGAAAGCUGAAGUUCCUGCUCCUAAACCAGUGAAAUCUGAGGUUCCUGCACCCAAACCCAUGCAAGCUGAGGUUCCUGCAUCCAAACCAGUGACAGCUGAGAAGCCUGCACCUACCCCAGUGAAAGCUGAGGUGCCUGCUCCUACCCCAGUGAAAGAUGAGGUUCCUGCUCCCAAAUCAAUGCAAGCUGAGGUUUCUGCACCCAAACCAGUGCAAGCUGAGGUGAGGGCUCCUACCCCAGUGAAAGCUGAGGUGCCUGCUCCUACCCCAGUGAAAGAUGAGGUUCCUGCUCCCAAACCAGUGACAGCUGAGGUGCCUACACCUACCCCAGUGAAGGUUGAGGUUCCUGCUCCCAAAUCAGAGAAAGCUGAAGUGCCUGCACCUACCCCAGUGAAAGCUGAGGUUCCUACAUCCAAACCAGUGAAAUCUGAGGUUCCUUCUCCCAAACCAGUGAAAUCUGAGGUUCCUGCUCCCAAACCAGUGACAGCUGUGAAGCCUGCACCUACUGCAGUGAAAGAUGAAAUGCCUGCGCUGAAACCAGUGAAAGAUGAGGUUCCUGCUCCCAAACCAGUGACAGCUGAGGUGCCUGCUCCUACCCCAGUGAAAGCUGAGGUUCCGGCUCCCAAACCAGUGAAAGCUGUCAUUCCUGCACCCAAACCAGUGACAGUUGAGAAGUCUGCACCUACCACAGUGAAAGAUGAGAUUCCUGUGCUCAAACCAGUGAAACCUGAGAUUCCUGCACUCAAACCAGUGAAAUCUGAGGUUCCUGCACCCAAGCCAGUGCAAUCUGAGGUUCCGGCACCCAAACCAGUGCAAGCUGAGGUAACUGCACCUACUCCAGUGAAAGCUGAGGUUCCUGCUCCCAAACCAGUGACAGCUGAGAAGCCUACACCUAACACAGUGAAAGAUGAAAUGCCUGUGCUCAAACCAGUGAAAUCUGAGGUUCCUGCACCCAAUCCCAUGCAAGCUGAGGUUCCUGCAUCCAAACCAGUGACAGCUGAGAAGCCUGCACCUACCCCAGUGAAAGCUGAGGUGCCUGCUCCUACCCCAGUGAAAGAUGAGGUUCCUGCUCCAAAAUCAAUGCAAGCUGAGGUUUCUGCACCCAAACCAGUGCAAGCUGAGGUGAGGGCUCCUACCCCAGUGAAAGAUGAGGUUCCUGCUCCCAAACCAGUGACAGCUGAGGUGCCUACACCUACCCCAGUGAAGGUUGAGGCUCCUGCUCCCAAAUCAGAGAAAACUGAAGUGCCUGCACCUACCCCAGUGAAAGCUGAGGUUCCUGCAUCCAAACCAGUAAAAUCUGAGGUUCCUUCUCCCAAACCAGUGAAAUCUGAGGUUCCUGCUCCCAAACCAAUGACAGCUGAGAAGCCUGCACCUACUGCAGUGAAAGAUGAAAUGCCUGCGCUGAAACCAGUGAAAGAUGAGGUUCCUGCUCCCAACCCAGUGACAGCUGAGGUGCCUGCUCCUACCCCAGUGAAAGCUGAGGUUCCGGCUCCCAGACCAGUGAAAGCUGUCAUUCCUGCACCCAAACCAGUGACAGUUGAGAAGUCUGCACCUACCACAGUGAAAGAUGAGAUUCCUGUGCUCAAACCAGUGAAACCUGAGAUUCCUGCACUCAAACCAGUGAAAUCUGAGGUUCCUGCACCCAAACCAGUGCAAUCUGAGGUUCCGGCACCCAAACCAGUGCAAGCUGAGGUAACUCCACCUACUCCAGUGAAAGCUGAGGUUCCUGCACCCAAACCAGUGACAGCUGAGAAAUCUGUACCUACCGCAGUGAAAGAUCAGAUGCCUGUGCUCAAACCAGUGAAAUCUGAGGUUUCUGCACCCAAACCAAUGCAAGCUGAGGUGCCUGCUCCUACCCCAAUGAAAGCUGAGGUGCCUGCUCCUACCCCAGUGAAAGCUGAGGAUCCUGCACCCAAACCAGUGUCAGCGGAGAAGCCUGCCCCUACCUUAGUGAAAGAUGAGGUUCCUGCUCCCAAACCAAUGCAAGCUGAGGUUCCUGCACCCAAACCAGUGCAAGCUGAGGCGCCUGCACCUACCCCGGUGAAAGCUGAGGUGCCUGCUCCUACCCCACUGAAAGCUGAGGUUCUUGAUCCCAAACCAGUGAAAGCUGACUUUCCUGCACCCAAACCAGUGAAAUCUGCAGUUCCUGCACCCAAUCCAGAGAAAGCUGAGGUGCCUGCCCCCAAACCAGUGAAAGAUGAGGAUCCUGCACCCAAAUUAGUGAAAGUUGAGGUGCCUGUGUCUAUGCCUGCCCCCGUGAAAUUUGAGGUGCCUGCUCCCAAACCAGUGAAAGAUGAGGUUCCUGCUCCCAAACCAAUGAAAGCUGAGGUGCCUGCACCUACCCCAGUGAAAGCUGAAGAUCCUGCACCCAAACUAGUGACAGCUGAGAAGCCUGCACCUACUACAGUGAAAGAUGAGGACGCUGCUCCUAAACCAGUGAAAGCUGAGGAUCCUGCCCCCAAACCAGUGGAAAUUGAGGAUCCUGCACCCAAAUUAGUGAAAGUUGAGGUGCCUGUGUCUAUGCCUGCCCCUGUGAAAUUUGAGAUGCCUGCACCUACCCCAGUGAAAGCUGAGGUUCCUGCGCCCAAACCAGUAAAACCUGAGGAUCCUGCACCCAAACCAGUGAUAGCUGAGAAGCUUGCACCUACCACAGUGAAAGAUGGGGUGCCUGCUCCCAAACCAGUAAAAUCUGAGGUUCCUGCACCCAACCCUGUGAAAGUUGAGGUGCCUGCACUUACCCCAGUGAAAUUAGAGAAUCCUGCACCUAUCCCUCUGAAAGAUGAGGUUCCUGUGCCCAAACCAGUGAAAGCUGAGGAUCCUGCGCCCAAAUCAGUGAAAGCCGAGGAUCAUUCGCCCAAACCAGUGAAAGCGGAGGUGCCUGCACCUACCCCAGUGAAAGUUGAGAAGCCUGCACCUGCCCUAGUCAAGGCAAAACCUGAGGAUAUUGCUGUACAAGAAAGCAUGAAGAAACCUAAGUAGAACAGACUUCUGUCCUCAGUCAGGAAAGUGUCCUUCUAGCCUUUCCUUCUCCACCACCAUCAAAGGCAGUACCUUCAGAUUAAAUCUUAAAGCAGCAGCCAGAAAAUACAGAAAUCAAAGAAAGAUCUGGUGAAAAAGCAGAGCGCACUUGUAACAAAGACCAAUAACUAUCCACUGAAUCCCCUAACGGUACUGGUCAUACCAGUGUUGAAUCCCAGGCAGAAGAAACUUUGAACUCCCAAACCACUGCGACUGAAAAAGACAAACAUUUAACCCAAGGUGAAGAAAAUAACAAAGAUGACUGCUCAUUCAGAGCCAGAAAAAGAUACAACAGUGCCCACAGAUGACCUGAAGGUUGGCAAGAGAGGACAAAAUAUUUUCAGAGAAUGAGACCAAAUUAAUCCUGGAGCUAUGAUGUAUGAAUGUGUGAGGUUUAUUUGUGAAGAAAAAAUUCUUCUUAAUAUUAAUAAUAUCAAAUAGGAUUGAUUUAAUUGGUAAUGUAUUUAAAUAGUAUCAAAACAAUGUCAUUUAGACUUUUAUAUAACCUUAAAAGUUAACUUGGUUAAAAGAAAAAAUAAAAUAUUUUUUAAAAACUUUUUUUCA